GAGAUCACAUGCCUUUGUUUACCAGGAAGAAGCUUUGUGUGCGCUGACUGAAAAAGCAGCCUUUACAGCUACUUACAUGGCAAACUUGUUUAUCUGAGCUUUAAAGAAACUCAACAAAGAGAUAUUUAAUAAACCAAGCGAUGACGUGUGCAUGCUCUCUGGUAAUUACGCGUUUUUUCCCCUCAGCUGCAGAAAUGUUUAACAACAAUCAUCAGCUGUGACGUUUAGCUUCCCUCAGCGGCCAUGCGGGCUUUAAACUACGUUCAGCGUGUGAGUUUGGACUUUACAGGAACUCUGUUUCCACAUGCGAUCUGUCUGGGAGACGCAGACAACGACUCUCUGAACGAGCUGGUUGUGGGAGACACGAGUGGAAAACUGCUGGUGUACAAAAAUGAUGAGUCCAAACCGUGGAUCACGAGAACCUGCGUGGGCAUGCUGACCUGCGUUGCAGUCGGAGAUGUCUGCAACAAAGGAAAGAACUUUGUGGUCGCUGUGGGUGCAGAGGGCUGGUUUCACCUCUUUGACCUGACAGCUGCCGCUGCAAAUAAAUCCGACUCGUCGAGCCAGUACGAGUUCAUCUCCUCCUCCGACGACCAGAAGCCGCUCUUCACUCAGCACAUACCUGCCAACACCAAAGUCAUCCUCAUCAGUGACAUUGACGGUGAUGGCCGCAGUGAGCUGGUGGUCGGUUAUACAGACCGGGUGGUGCGAGCUUUCCGCUGGGAGGAGCCGUCUGAGAGCUCAGACCUGGGAUCAGGACAGCUAGUCCUGCUGAAGAAAUGGCUUCUAGAGGGGCAGGUAGACAGCUUGUCAGUGAAUCCAGGUCCUGAGGGUUUACCAGAGCUGAUGGUUUCUCAGCCAGGCUGCGGCUAUGCAAUCCUGCUCUGCUCCUGGACCCAACAGGACUCCAGCGACUCAGGAGAGGAGGCCCCUGCCACCCCUGGGAGUGAGGGACCUUCCAGAGAUGUAGUUCUCCAUCUGACCACCGGGCGGAUCCACAAUAAGAACGUAUCCACUCAUCUUAUCGGCAGCAUCAGCAAAGGCUCUAAAGAAGAAUCUUCUAAAUGUGGCCUGUUCGCUCUCUGCACUUUAGACGCAGGAGUAAUAUGUUCAGGAGCGGAGCUGUUAGCCAGUGUGGAGGAUCCUCCUGGCAGCAGCAGCAGAAGCAGAUUUCUGGCAGACGGCUCAGAGAGCAGCUGGAGAGUUCAUCAAUAUUUAAACAAGAGAGGAUGCAGAGGGAUUAUCAUCACCGAAGGCUUCCGCCUGCCAGCUCACUGUCUCCCUCUGGUUGACACGACGACGACGAGCCAGCAGAGAGGAGAGAGAAAUGACAUCAUCAAGAUCAUUAUGAGACGCUAUCAGCAGCUUCUACUUCAGAUCUGUUGACUGCAACUUCAGAGAUGAUUAGUCAAAGAUGUCAGAGUGUGGAGGGGUUAUUCUCUCACCUCGUCUUUAGGAAGAUGUUUGGACUGAACUCAGAGUCGACUUCAUCGUGCUUCGUGCUAUUGUUUGAAUAUUAUUGCACACAAACGCAUACAGCUGUACUUAAAGGUUAUACUGCUAAAUCUAAUAGUGUAAAUCCUCGUAGGUACCCUGAAGUUGAUGGACAGCUCGGAGCAGCUGCUGUGGUCCGUCCAGGUGGAUCAUCAGCUCUUUGCACUUCAGAAGCUCGACGUCAC